ACCCGACCCCCCGUAUUGUUAUUGACUCUUUCUUGCAUGACACGAACCUAUCUAACGUGAAAUAGCUAUCAAGCAACCGCAGCUAGCUAACGUAAAGGAAAGAGUGGACAAAGACGAGUAGCGGGACACACCAAUACAUUCUACAGAGAUGGGCGCUGUUGUUUCCCGGUGGAAGGCUAAACCAACGACGGUGGAACUUCUAGAAGGCAUUGACAAGGAUAUUAAGGACCUUGAGGAAUUUAGAGCGAAGAAUCAGAGAUUGGAGAAGUUGUGGGUGGGAAGACUGCUUCUGUAUUCAUCUGUGCUUUAUCUUAUUACUUGCAUAAGUGUUUACUUCUGCUAUCUCCCCGAACAAUGGACAGGACGCAUCGUGAUGACUUUGCCCUUAUUUAUAUUUCCUAUAUUAGUGUGGUUUAUGAGGAAGCUGCUGUUAUUCCUUUUCUCAAAGCGAACAGAAAGAAACAAUGACAAACUAGAAGAUUUAAAAGUUGAAAAAAGAAAAAUCUUGGAAGAGGUGAUGGAGACUGAAACCUACAAAAAUGCCAAGUUAAUUCUUGAGAGGUUUGAUCCUGAAGCAAAUAAGAAAGUGGAAAUGGAAUUCACGCCAAUCAGGCCAGGUCAGAUGACUCCUAGACCGGACCAAGAACUCCGUCAACGCAACAUAGCCUUGAGGCCCCCUGUCAUGGGCGCUGGAACCACCCCUACGGGUCCCCUUCCUCACUCAGCCCCAGGUGGGCCCCCAGGAGGACCCCCCGAUAGGGGCCUGUCUGCCGCGGUUGGCCAGCAGACCAUAAUGAGGAGACCCCCUAUGACACCCUGCACCCCUAUCCCAGGAAUGGGCCCACCCCUGGCUAGACCCGUCUUACCUCGAGACCGAGGUGCCGUGGACAGAGUCAUCGAAUACCUUGUGGGAGAUGGCCCUCAGAACAGAUAUGCCCUUAUAUGCCAGCAGUGCUUCUCCCAUAAUGGCAUGGCAUUAAAAGAGGAAUUUGAAUAUAUUGCUUUCAGGUGUGCGUACUGUUAUGUCCUGAACCAUGCAAGGAAGACCCGACCUCAAGCUCCAAGACUCCCAGAAUUUAGCUUUGAGCGGAGAAUGCGCUCGGAAUCACCCACCCCAGAAAAAUCUGCGGCAUCAGAGGCCACUGAUGAGAGCGCACCCCCCUCUGGAGAUGAGAAGGAGCUGGAGGCCCCUUCUGAUGAAGUGGAGCCUCAAGUUGAAAAGGCCCAGUCUACAGAGGAGACCCCAGACCCCAACGUAGAGAACCCAGAGGCCGCAGAGACGGUACACACAGAAGAGGAGCCUGAGAGACCAGGAGAAAAGCAAGAAGUCCCCCAAUUGGAAACAGAGUAGAAAACAUUGAAUUCCCACCCUCCCCUCUAUGUAUAUCAGCUGACAUGGUGUAGUGUUUGUUUAAAAAUCAUGUGGUACCCAGCUCCUGGAUUUACAUAAGAUGCUUGUAAUGCACAAUAUUCUUUGGAAGUGAAAUAAUAAUCUAGAAAUAAUAAUCUAGAAUUGACCACUUUUUCUCACUUAAACCAUAACUUGGCAGGUGUGAGCAUUUCUUACAUUGACUUUGAUGAUCAAAAUUACUGACUUGCCAAAUCCACUUUCUCUUUUGAAAAGAUACAUUUGCCAAAUGCACUGCUCCGGUCUGUCUUUCAAGAUUUGCUCUGAUUGUGUAAUUCUUUAGGCUACACAAUAAAUAGUUAAGACAUGUUUUAAAUUUAUUUACAGCAGUUCUGGAAAUAUUGAAACGUAUUCAAUCGUAAGCCUAGUCGGGCAAAACUUUUGUUUAUACAGUGAGAAUAGAAUGAAUUGAGAUAUUAUUUAUUAUGGCCAAGAAGCAGUUCCACAUAUCUUCUUUUAAGCCUGUGUUAUGUUCAGCCAUGAAGUAAAUAAAAAAAUGUAUUUUGUGUUGGAGCUUAAUUUGUAUGUCAGGUUUUCGGCAUACCAAAUCUUUGCAAAUGCCUGUUUCUAUUAAUAUGUACAUGGCAUGCCAAAUAAUGUGUAUAUAUAUUUUUUUUUUAUGAAAUAAAAAACAUGUUCUCAAUCAA